GUCCUUGAUAUUGGGUUAGAAUUCCUCCUGCGGACGCAAACAUUUUGAGAGAAAAUGAUUUCCCUAGAGGUUAGGUCAAUAGUAAUUUAUUCUCCUUCUGCUCCGUUUCCAGCUUUGUCUUGUGAUGGUGCUCUGUGAAUCUGCGGGCUGGGUUGGUGUUUCCUGGUCGCUAGUGGGUCGUCGGAUUGGCCUAAACUUUGUUCUCUUGUACCGGGAAAAUAUCUUCGGCUGAGCAUUUUUUGGGACAGUAAUUAUACGGGGAAGAGUCCAGGAACGUCGGUUGGGAAUUUUCUUUAGUAUUCUCCGGAGGCGUAUGCCCGUAUGUCUUCUGUUUAUUUGGCAGAUUGCGCUUUGUCUUUGGGUCGUAAUUUUGCCAUUUCAUAUUUAUGUUUUGGAGAGAAACAACCUGAGUCAUGCCAUUGUUUGCGGUCCGGUUCUGAAGUAGGAAUUGAUAUAAAACGAACGGCGCAAACAAUCUCUCAUAAAGUGAUUUAGAUGAAGAGACUUGAUAUUCCAAGUGAGGCAGAAAAUUUUGAACUUGUGGGUUGGAUCUUGUGUAGUUGUUCUCUGCUUGCUUCAAUAUUUUCAAAUGCUUGGAGCUUUUGUAUUGCAUUUAUUGCCUUAUGGAAUUGUGGUUAUUUGCUACACUUGGAAAGGUCUAAACCUAUGCACAAUAAUCGUUUCCUUCUGAGUUCUAUUUAGAAACUUUGACGAAGACGGUGCAGAAUUCCAGCUACAUAUUCCUAAACAUAUUUUUGAAAACCGAAACAAGAAAUCAAGUGUGAUCAAUUUUCGUUCUGAUUAGGAAUUCAACAUGUAAAUGACAGAUAGCUUCUAGAUGUGUUCACGUUUUCCAUCUGGUUAUAGGCUUAUAUCUACAAGAUGAGAUCUGGAAAGACCUUGUGAAACAUUUUUGUUAGGCCUGCAUUUUUCCUGGGUAAUUGUAUGUUUCUGAAUUUGUGCUUUAUUAUUGUGGAAGGGCCACAAUUAAAUGUUUAGGUUUAGUGCUUAGUUAAUUCCAAGUAAGUCCUUUUGAGUUGUCCCGGUCCUCUGUCUGGCACCAUCACUGUGAUUUUGUGGAAGAGGAGAAAUCUGGACUUGGAUUAUGGGAGUACAAGUCGUGAACGGCAUUGAUAGUCUUCUUUGGCCAAGAACCUCCAAAUAUGUAAAUUUGACUUUUUCCUCCUUUUCUUUAAUAAUUUUUAGCAGACUUUCAAAUACAUGUUUCUCUAGUUGGACUUUUCUUUUUAUUUACGCACGAUCUUAUCUACUUUUGUAACUUAUUUUGGAAGGAUUCUAGUGUGAUGCACAUUUAGGAUAAUUUGACUUGUGGACGCGGUAUAAAAGCACUACGAUAAAGCUCUAUAAGCAUGUCUUUGGGGAGAAGUGGACGUAAAAAAAAUUUGUGGAAGAUGGAAAAUUCUGAAAAAGAACGGACAUAUGAAAAGGUUCUUGCACAGGGGCUACAGACUCCUUUUGUCCCUAAACAAAAUUUGUUCGAAAAGAUCCAUGGUCUUGGAGCAGUAUUUUGCCAAGGAAUGGAAAUCCACCUUAGGCAACAGUGAGACAAUCGAUCCUGGAAAUAGCAUCGGCUCCUUCGACUGCAAUAUCUGCCUGGAAUCUGCCCAAGAACCCGUGAUCACCCUCUGUGGUCACCUAUACUGCUGGCCCUGCAUCUAUAAAUGGCUCCAUGUACAAAGCGCAUCUCUUGCUUCAGAUGAACACCCACAAUGCCCAGUCUGCAAGUCUGAGAUUUCACAUACAGCCAUGGUCCCCCUGUAUGGCCGUGGCCAUUGCUCCAGUGAACUUGAGCUAGAAGGGAAGUCUUCAAAUCGUGCUGUGGUCAUACCCCCGAGACCAGCUGCUUGUGGAACUCAAGCUCCAGCAUCUACGGCAGCUCCGACCACUCAGCAGCUUCCAUAUCGAAACCCUUAUCAAGACCAACAUUUCCAUACUGGUCCUUUGAGCAGUUAUGAAAAUGAAGCUUCAUCAUCGUUGCUCAACUUUGGAAGCACGGGCAUUCGGAAUACAACGGUGGGUAUGUUUGGCGAGAUGGUUUACGCGAGGGUGUUUGGCAACUCGUUGAGUUUGUAUGGUUACCCUCACUCCUAUCACCUUGUUGGGGGGCAUAGCCCCAGGCUGAGAAGGCAGGAGAUGCAGGCAGAUAAAUCACUGAACAGAGUUUCGGUUUUCCUUUUCUGUUGGUGCCUACUCUGCCUUAUUGUGUUCUGAGUAAGCUAUGCAAAUUUGGCCAAGUUAUGUAGCCUGCUUGUAAAGAGUGCUGUACCUUUGAACAUCCAUACAUAUGUGAAGCAGCAACCUGAUGCCGUAUCCUGAAACUUAUCUUGUCCAAUUAGUUGGUUUUUGAAUGUUUGAGAGGACUGCAUAUCUCAGAUGUAGAGCAGAUCACAACAGUUAUAGGAAAUCAUAUUGGGUUUUAGUACUA